CACCCGCCUUCCCAACACCCGCGGAGGUGCCGCGGGACCCUCCCGAGCCCGGGGGAGCCCCGCCGCCCCGGUCCCUGUCCGUGCCGGCAGCCGAGGGGCCCCCGCAGCCCAGCGGCGCCGUGAGGGACCCGCCGCCCCCCCGCCCCGCGGGCGAUGGAGCCGCCGGCGGCCGCCGCUCGCCAGGUAGAAACAGAUGACCAAAUAGCCCUCCUUAGUAAGCCCAGGAAAAAAGGAGGAAACAGUGAUCUGGCAUCAGCUGCGUUUAACAUUGUCAAUUCAAUCAUAGGAUCAGGCAUUAUAGGAUUGCCAUAUUCAAUGAAGGAAGCUGGUUUUCCUCUAGGAGUACUGCUUUUAUUUGUGGUUGCCUACAUCACAGAUUAUUCCAUUAUACUACUAAUCAAAGGAGGAAAUCUGUCCAGUACCAACACAUAUCAAGAGCUGGUCAGAAAAACCUAUGGUCGUGCAGGUUAUAUAAUUCUUUCAACUCUUCAGUUUUUAUAUCCAUUUAUUGCUAUGAUCAGUUACAACAUAAUAACAGGAGACACUUUAACCAAAGUUUUUCAGAGAAUUCCUGGAGUUGGGCUGGAUAACGUGCUUACUGACCGUCACUUCAUAAUUCUUCUUACCACCAUCAUCUUUACCUUACCCAUAUCUUUAUAUCAAGACAUAGCAAAAUUGGGAAAGAUAUCUCUUAUCUCUCUGAUUUUAACCAUUGUCAUCCUGAUAAUUGUGAUGGUGAGAACUGUAACCUUCAGUCCACAAGUACCCAAAUCAGAAAAUGCAUGGACAUUUGCAAAAUCAAAUGCAGUACAAGCCAUUGGGGUGAUGUCAUUUGCAUUCAUCUGCAACCAUAACAGCUUCUUAAUAUAUGGGUCUCUGGAAGAACCCACAUUAAAGAACUGGUCUCAAGUCACACAUGUGUCUGUCUCACUGGCUGUUGUAAUCAGUGUUGUGUUUGCUACAUGUGGAUAUAUGACUUUUACAGGAUACACAGAAGGAGACAUAUGAAACUACUGUAGAGAUGACAACCUUGCUACAUUUGGAAGGUUUGUGUGAGUUACUGUAAUUCUGACCUUCCCUCUUGAAUGUUUUGUGACCAGAGAGGUGGUUGCCAAUGUAUUUUUCCAUGGGAACCUCUCAACAGUUUUCCAUGUUGUUGUGACAGUAGUUAUCAUUGCUGUGGCGACUGGUGUAUCAUUAGUGUAUGAUUGCCUUGGAAUAGUUUUAGAGCUGAAUGGAGUUCUGAGUGCCACCCCACUUGUUUUUAUCAUCCCAUCAGCGUGUUAUCUAAGGCUGUCCAAGGAGCGAUGGAACCAUUAUAACCUCAUAUCCGGCCUGAUUCUUGCUCUUGGUGUGCUAGUGAUGGCAGUUGGGUUUGUUAUGACUGUCUUGCACCCCCAGGAGUGUAGCCAUGAAGAAAUGUUAUACUGCUUCCCUAGUAAUGUUUCUGUUCACAACAGUACACUGCCACCGUAGGUACCACACCAGUCUCCAGACUAGAUCAGGUACAUCUCACAGUGAGCCAUACAGGCCAGUUUAAAGGAGGGUGGAACAAAGAGCUUAGUGCAUAUUUUUAUAUGCACUAAGAAUUUUAAACUGUAUAACUCUAUUUAUGUACUUGAUUUUAUUCUGCCAUCCUUUUCCAGGUAAGACUUGAGUUUUAACUGUUGAAACACAAAUUCUCAGAGGUGCCUUUCAGUAGACAUUACUUGAAUAACUUGCAAGCCUAAAAAAAGAUUGCAUUUUUUUAACUUGGUCUGCAAUGCUGUUUAAAAACUAUAAAUUAAAUGUUCUGGACUGUAAACAACUCCCAUGUUUCAUUGAUUUAAUUUCAUUUUUAUUAAUUUUAUAAUCUUUUCAUGUGUAUUUAUUAGCACACCGUAAGUAGAGGACUUUUUGAAGUCCUGAGGAAAAGUAUGUCUGGAUCUCUGUGUAUUAAAUUCUGCUGUUAAAUUGAAAGACCCUUAUUAAGUCUGUCUUUGAUUUUGCAAUAACUGUCCUUUAGUGCUGAAAGCUUCCCUUAUAGUGCCUCUUAAGUCAAAGGGCAAUUUUGUAUUCUGACUGAACUGUAACUGACAAAUUUAAUUG